CCCAGCUGUGUCUUGUUUCCUCUGAUUACAUUCUCCGUGUGUUUCCCUGUCGGGUCCUUGUCCCACCACGUUGUUUGUUAACCAGCGCUACCGGUGUUUGAGUCCUAGCUUUUAUGCUCACCUGCGCUGCCUGGACUUUCUGUACUCCUCGUCUUCACCAUUAGACAACCAUUAAUCACUACGUCCUGGGUCCAUCUAACUCACCACCACCUACAACCCCAAACCAUGACAUUACUGUCAUACCACCUUUGCUUGUUUAUGUGCGUAAUUUGGCGCAACUGGACGCGCAACUCUAUAAGGAAUCUCCCUCCUCCCCGCUCUGUCUGUGGGUCUCUGCUCGUUGGAAAGGCUGGUUCUCCCGCCCAGGUGUGACAUUCUCGGAGUGCCUCACUGGAACCACAACCGAAAAGAUGACGGACCCAUCCCCGCCAGACUCCGCCGCCGUCCUGGAACCGGCUUCUGGUGCGGAGCUGACGGCGGUGAACGGCCAGUGCGAGCAGACGGACUCCCCGCAGCAGCAGGAGAACAACACAGAAAGUCAGGGAGAGGGUUUCAAGAUGGAUCAGGAGAUGAAGAUAACAGAGAGCAUCGAGGAUCGGGGUCUUCUGGAGAGCAGCAUGCGCCUGAAGCCUCACGAAGCACAGAGUUACCGAAAGAAAGCUCUCUGGGUGUCCUGGGCGUCCAUCGUGGCCACCAUCAUCCUGGCUAUCGCCGCUUUCACUGUGUCCAUCAUGCGCCACAGUGCCUCUGCUUUCGGAUUCGCUUUUGAUGCCACGCUGGACGUGCUGUCCUCCGUCAUCGUGCUGUGGCGCUACAGCAACGCAGCCGCUGUCCAUUCUGCGCACCGUGAAUACAUCGCCUGCGUGAUCUUGGGUGUGAUCUUCAUCCUGUCUUCCCUUUGCAUCAUGGGAAAGGCCAUCCAUGACCUGGCCACCAAGCUGCUGCCAGAAGUGGAUGACUUCUUGUUCAGCGUGUCCAUCGUCAGCGGCCUGGUGUGCGUCGUCCUGGCCGUGAUCAAGUUCAUGCUCGGCAAAGUGCUGACCAGCCGAGCGCUCAUCACCGACGGAUUUAACUCUCUGGUUGGAGGCAUCAUGGGGUUCUCCAUCCUCAUCAGUGCUGAAGUGUUCAAACAUGAGCCCAAAGUGUGGUACCUGGACGGAACAGUAGGGGUCCUCAUGGGCCUCAUCAUCCUCGCCUACGGAGUCAAGCUGCUGCGGGACAUGAUCCCCCGGGUCAGGCAGACCAGGAACUACGAGCGCUUUGAGUGACGGGUCACACAGGACACAAAGGGACAAGGGGGAGACAGGAGAGACACUGUCCACAGACACUCGUUCAGUCGUGGAGCUGAAGACUUUUCCAUCUGCUCACGACUGGACUGACAGGGACAGCAAUGACGGAUGAAACCUUUGGGAACUUUUCCGUGUUUUCCAGUUCAGUGUACAUACAGCAUCUCUCAUCCUGUGGGUCACAGUGGAUGGACGCUCCUCUUCUUCACGCCUUUAUUCGUGUCCAGAGAUUCAGCGUAGCUCAGCUGUAACAGCAGCGCACGGUUCCAGGAGGCCGGCGCUGAGCUGGGCUGUAAAACGCUGCAGCUGAUUGAUGCAGCAGCUCUCUAUUACCACAGUUUGACUUUUUUAUGACUACAGAGAGGAUGUGUCAGUGCAAAAGCCCAUUAGGCAAAGGAAGCAGGACGACAUUAUGGUGGCUCAGCUCCAGCUCUCAGCCCGGUCCAAGAUGUUUUCUUUAUUCUGACAACCAACAUUUUAUGUCAAACAUUUUCAUUUUCUCAGAAUCCAGAAAUUUCAACAGAAAUCUGAAUGCAAAGAUUCAAAUAUGGGGUCAAAAUUAUUAGACUCCUUAUGAAAUGUAAAGUUUUUGUCAGAUUUCUCAACUCCUUUUAAACAGAUCAAUAAUUUAAAGAUCCUAGUUUUUAUUUAAACCAAAAGGUCUCUUUAGUUUUAUUGUAAUUGAUUGAUUAGAAGCUGUGAGCAUUACAAAAUGGAAUAAAAAUUUCACAGCUGUGUUUAAGUUUUUAGUUUUUGUGAAAGAAUUUGGUUUUUAUGUGCAAAGCAAACUAAUGUAGGCAUUUAAAAAAAACAAGUGUUUGGGAAAAAAUGGAUUGAAGAAUGAUUUGUUUAACAGCAUUUAAGAAAUAUUUGAUAAAAACUUCAAAUUUGAUAGAUAUAAUUUUGACUUCAACUUUAUAUAUGCGAGACAGACGGACAAAUGGAAAUAAAUAGAAGUUAAUAUUUUUCCUAUAUUCUGUUAUCUCAUGUUAUGUUGGAAAGUAACUGAACAGGGUAAGCAAUUGCACCAUCUGCUGACCAAAAACAGUUACUACAACAUAUACAGCAAACCCAUUUAAAUCUUUCUUUUUUUUGUUCUUUCAGCUGUUAACUUUUUUUUUUUUAAAUUAUUAAUCUGAAACUAACCCAUGAACUCUAAAGUAAGGAGAAAGAUAAAGUUAAAUAGUUAACUCCCAAGUUGUGGUUUGACAAAGUUGUUCUGGACAUCAACUGAAUCAUUUAACAUGUGAGCUGUUUGCUUUGGCAUUAAAACGGGAAGCUCCAAGUUUAAUCUUGAUGCGUGAACAAAUGAUACGGUAUCAAAACUUCCUUCAUGUUCAUCAUUUACUUCUUUCCUGACUGGAAAUAUCUCAUCCAAGCUUUUAACCGUCUGUGGUCAUAUUUAUAUCUAAAGCCUUAAUUUUGCAAAUUGCUGAAAUGUAAAUAUUAGUAGAAAGUGAGAUUUAAUUUGUUGGAUGUGAAGGUCCGGUUACAGCAGGAUAUUGUUAUUUUUAUGAAUUUUCCUCAUGGCUGUAAAUGAAUGUAAACACUGUGCUUUGAUGCUGAUUUGGUUUUGAAAUGAAUCCGUCUUUUAUUGCAGCGUAAUCUCAACCUGAAAACUGUAGUUUAUGGUGCAGCAUUAAAACGUGGGAUGAAAAAUGAAAGUUUACAAGUUUAGCUUGGUGCAUUGUAAACUAUUCCUGUGAUGUUGAAGAAAUGCAGAAGCUGAGCCGUUUGUCACUGAAAGAUUUAUUGAAAAAUAAAGCUGUUUGCCUCUGACUAAGAAAAAACAAACAGAAUGUCUGUUCGUCUGGUGGACCGGAACACGCAGUGGUGGCGGGUUUCACUGCAGGCUGGGAUCACCGUGUCGGCACUUACUGGUGACUCCACACCUGACGCACUCGGACUUUCAACUCAAAACUGACAUUAUUGACUAGCUUGUGGCCUCUGCUUCCCCUUGUGGCCGUUUGAAGCGAAAGUGAAACGUGCAUUUUGAGUUUUAAAAUACGAGUUUAUUUGGCUUUUGACGGUUACAUUUACAGAUUUACCUGUGGAAAAUUGAUGGAACAGGAGCUUUUAAUUCAGAAAUCUUUCCAUUUU